CGAGUGCCAGCAUGGGAUGGAAAAACGACUCCGGUAUCGGCAUCAAAUAUGCUUUCUCGGUGCAAGUCCCGAACGGCAGCGCCAGCACCAGCGUUACGUCAACGCGAGGGUCCGCUAGACCCUACGAUGACCAACUGAACGUCAGGCGGCUCCUUCUCCUUCGUCCAGUGUCCGGCGCUCCCCGACGCAGGCACCUACAUCAUGCAUCUCGACGUCACGUUCAAGACGUCCUCGGCGUCCUGCACUCCUGAAUCCUAAUAAGUCUGUUUGUCCCACCGAUCAGCUUCGUCUAGCCGUAACCUCACAUGCCGGCAUCCCUUUAUGUACUCGACAUCCGUAUCUGAGAGCUCGCAAGGGGGGUAUAGCAGCGCGUCUGCCUCUGCCGUAAAGGCCCGAGGGAGACAGACGUUCAAGAAGGGCCGUGAAGUCACACCAGAGGGGCUUCGCCCGCUAUGGAUAGCCGUUACUCGCCCGCUAUGGAUAGCCGUUACUCGCC